AUUGAAAUAAAGAAAAACCCUUGAAUGAGUAGGUGUUCUAAAACUUUUGACUGGUAGUGUAGAUGUCUUCAGUCCAGGCAACAUUUUUUUCCUGCAAUUUGCACCACGCCCAAACUACUUCCCGCGAUGGACUAAGUGCCUUGAUCAAAGGGUCAACGGCAGGAGGUGAUAGGUCUACGUGUGAUUAGACACAGCAGCUUUCCAGUGUCAAUAAUGCUUACUUUUUCAUGUAGGCUAUGAUAAUAGUAAUGAACAUUUUGUUAAAAGUAAUGGAAAAUGUGUAUGAACCAUUUACAGUGAAUAAUCAGAGGUAGCAUAAUGUCGUUUGUGGAUUUCGGUGAACAUAGUCUAAUGAACCGACUUGGAAAAAGACAGUUCCUGCGCUUCUUUCAUCGGAAGUCAAGCACUGGUAAUCAACCUUAAAUACGUUCGUUUUUGGUUCCAAGCUAAGGCAAUGUCCUGCGUUUUCUCACCCCACCAAAACAAAGGACAUUUCAAGAAAGGAUGAAAACUCACAUAAGCCAUGAACAGUAAUUCAAACGGAGUUUAAACGCAUGGCAAGAAGUAUUUCUUCUUUUUUCAUAUUAUUAUGGAGCAGACACUGAAUUAGGCAAAUCAAUAACUGGAUGCCUACAAUUUCCCUUGUUCCCUUAUUGUUGCAGUCCUUAUUCUGCAUGCAAAGAUUGACCGUAUUUCCCUUUAUUUAGACUGUCUCAAAUAUCGAUAGGCUAAGCCUAUGCUCAAAGGUGGACGGACACAGCUGUCAUGGAGUCCCAUAAACAAAACCAAUUACGCAAUAUUAAUUCAUACCCCCGUUCGUGGAAACGCAUAUUUUUCAACAAACUCUUCCGAUAAAGGAAAAUCUCUCAAUUAUAGAUAUGAGUGAAAAUCAAAUAAUAAAAUCAAAUUCAACUCAAUUGGAGUCCAUAGGAUAAUUUUGUACGCUAAUAAGGAUUUGCCCAUCAUUUUGGAGUUUGAGCACAGAAGCCUGCCUACUUUGUUACCUCAACCAUUCGUGUUAAACAUGAAAGAAUUAAUAUUGUUAAUGAGUGUAAUAAUACAGGAUAUUUGAACUAUUUUAAGAUGAUGGGCAAUUGUUGAUUGUGCUUUUUAUAAAUUGCCAUCAAAUAAAAAUGUCAAUAUGAAAAUGUAAUAAAAUAUUUAAAAGAGAAGCAUGAUAAAAUGUGAAUAUAAUGUAUUACUUUUUUUCUGUUUAAAAGCCUGGAUGAAACGAGGUGAGAUUUGAUUGGCAUGUAUUCCCUCCCUAGGCAGAAAUUAAACCUCACAAUUAUCCAACGCACGUCACUAGUUGCGACCAUUCUAUGAGUCCUAUCUGAUAGCUGGAACAUGCGAUAUUCCAGGUCCAAAUGACAGACAUUUUUGUAAAUAAUAGGUCACAAUGUUCAAAUUUUAAUCUCUUGACAUUUUUUUUUUUUUUUAUAUAUUCGCGAUUUACUUUCGAACGACGAGUCCAUGUCAUCUUUGGAGUACAUGAAAAAGGAAUGCUUCGCAUCUGGGACCCUGUCCUCGGCUUCUCUGAAAGGAACAAUUACCAAAAUUCAGAAAAGCAGACGUAAACGAAGAGUCGCACCAAAGACACAGGAAGAGACAGACAGCGGCUGCAAUAUUUGCAGUAACCGCACUGUUCGUCGCAUCUUGACUGCUUGUCUGCUCUCGUUUCUGGCUCUGCUCGGCUCAGUCUCCGUCAACCUCAGCUCCAACUUGGACCUGCUGCGCGCCACAGAGGCCACUGUCACCGAGCUGACUUCAUGCAGGACUACUGCUAUUCUCCAACUCAUAGGGGAACUCCAAAACAGGAGAAGUCUAUGCAGAAAGUACUACAGGAGUAACGAGACACACCAAGAAAAGUGUACAAGUCCACUGACUAGCAUUUUACCAGUGAUUAUUAGACUUUGCACUGAUAUGGAGGGCCACAGAAACAGUCAGGGUCACCCAUGCAGCGAGGAGUUGGUGGAGUUCUCCCAGAAACUUAGGGAAGAUUUGACAGAAUUUCUGAACACAACAUGGGGAGUUGAGGACAACAAUGACAUGUCCGUGUUCUCUUUGACCAUUGUCAGACUCCUGGACAUUUGGGGGGACAUGGAACAGGACAUUAGUCAGGUCAAGCAGUUUUCAGACUGGAAAGAUGUCCUCUCACUGAGACUGAUGGUCACAUUCCUGGAACUCAACCACCAGUUCAGUGAAUUCCCUUCUGUAGGAACCCAAGCUGACUUUCACAAGAAGUGGAUCCAUGCCCUCAGCCGUCUAGCCUUUGCCCAGCUCUUGUCAGAAACGCUAGAGGACUGCUGGGUGGAGAACGUUCACUUAAAGCUCAACCUGACCAACAGCCUCAAAGUUGACCCAUACAUCUUUGACUCCACCCCCUGGCAGAUCCCAGCGGUUGACGCGGUGGGGACAGUGGGCAUCCUCACAGGCUCUCAGACUGGCAUCCAGGCUCUGAGGGAUACCCAGGCGUGCCUGCUGGCUGGGGCGUUGCCAGCUCUGAAGCUCCGAUCCAGGGCCAUGUUCUCAGGGCUCAGCAUGCGGAUCUCCCUGUUGACAUUGGCCUGCCUGAUCUAUCCGCUGGUGCUGGUGUCCUUCAAGCAGAUGACGGAGUGGAUCCAGAACUAUGCAUGCAGCCUGCAGGAGAGGACCGUGGACCUGAAGCGCCAGAGACAGCUGGCCGAGGACCUCCUGCACCAGAUGCUGCCCAAGACCGUAGCCAAGCAGCUGAGACAGCAGAAGCACGUGGAGGCGGAGAGCUAUGAGAAGGUGACUAUUUUCUUUUCUGAUAUCGUUGGUUUCACCACUAUCUCGGCCUCCUGCACCCCUCUGCAAGUCGUGGAGAUGCUGAACAACCUGUACAUGUGCUUCGACACUCGCAUCGACUCCUAUGAUGUCUACAAGGUGGAGACGAUAGGCGAUGCCUACAUGGUGGUGAGUGGGCUGCCUGAGAGGAAUGGGGACAAGCACGCAGAUGAGAUCGCCAAGAUGUCGCUGGACCUGGUGGCAGCAGUUCGACAGGUGGCAAUCCCCCACAUGCCCAACAAGAGACUGCAGCUUCGCGCAGGCAUACACACAGGUCCAUGUGUGGCAGGUAUUGUCGGCUACAAGAUGCCCAGAUACUGCCUGUUUGGAGAUACUGUCAACACAGCCUCUAGAAUGGAGUCCACCAGCCUGCCUCAGAGGAUCCACGCCAGCUCAGCCGUAUACCUGGCUCUGAUGAAGGACGGUGCCUACGAGCUCCAGCUGAGAGGAGAGAUCGAGGUGAAGGGUAAAGGGAAAAUGAACACAUAUUGGCUGAUCGGACACAAGAACUACAGUGUUCAGAACGACAGUCUUGUGUGCCACUGGAACCCCAAUCUAGCCAGAAAAAAGAAGACAUUGGUGGGGAGCGACAUUUCUAUGGCGAACUCCUGUGUGACAGUGCAGAGCCUCAGUGAGAAUGCUACCACUCCCGUGCCUCAGGGCUCCAAGGCCCAGCAGGGGGCCCUGUGUGUGUCCGUGUCAGCCCAGGUGGAGCACUGUGCCAGCAGCUUCGGCACCCUGGGCUCCAUGAUCGGGGGCCUCCAGGGACUAGAGAGCCCCAGGGAGGGGAAAGCCUGUAGGGGGACAGAAGGAGACAAACCGGACCUGCUGCCUGGAUCUGGAACCAUCCCUCAUAUGUGAUGGAGGGCUGGGAUGGUAGGAUGGACUGGGACAAGAAACUUCUCUAAAACUAUAUUGCUAUGCUUUUUUCCUCUGGCUGUUUGAGUGGAGAUUCAGUUGAUUUUAAUGAUGAUGUAAAUACAGUAUAUUUAGGGAUGUGUGAAAGAACCGCAAUGAAUAAAAGAAAGACUGUUGCUCUGAUAUCUGUGUAGGUGUGUGUGUGUGUGUGUGUGUUUUUAUAUACAGAGUAAACGUUUUUGUAUCAACCUUGGACAGAUUGUGUUGUCAUUGUCCAUCUUUUUAUUAAGAUCAAACCGUCUGUGGGUGAAUAAAAGCUCCUUUAAAAUGA